AUGUCCGACUUCGAAGAUGAGAUGGACGUGGAUGCGCCCGCCGUAGACAACUCUAUCACAUUUGGCGGAGACCAGAAGAAAGGCAAGAGGAGCGCUGCAAACCUGCCUGUUGAGGCUGAGGACUCUUUGCCAUGGGUAGAGAAGUAUAGGCCAAACUCUCUAGAUGACGUCGAAGGCCACAAGGAUAUAAUAGCUACUAUCAACAAAUUCGUAGACUCAAAUCGACUGCCUCACCUCCUCCUAUAUGGCCCACCAGGUACCGGAAAGACGUCGACCGUCCUCGCACUCGCACGUCGCAUAUACGGGAACAAGAACAUGCGACAAAUGGUCUUGGAACUCAACGCUUCAGAUGACAGAGGUAUCGACGUCGUGCGAGAGCAGAUCAAAACAUUCAGUAGCACAAAGCAGAUCUUCGCUGCGGCGCCUAAAGCAGGAGACUCAUCGCUUGCGACAUUCAAGCUCAUCAUCCUGGACGAGGCAGAUGCCAUGACUGCGACCGCCCAGAUGGCCCUGCGACGCAUCAUGGAGAAGUACACCGCCAACACACGCUUCUGUAUCAUCGCAAACUACACACACAAACUUUCUCCUGCGCUGUUGUCGCGGUGCACGAGGUUCAGGUUUUCUCCGCUCAAGGACCAGGACAUCAGGAAUUUAGUUGACAAAGUCAUCGAGGAGGAGAAGGUCAACGUCACACAAGAUGCCACCGACUCGCUUGUCACGCUCAGCAAAGGAGACAUGAGGCGCGCGCUAAAUGUACUGCAGGCGUGCCACGCAUCGAGCACGCCGCUUCAAACACCGGGCAAGCCUGCAUCCGACCCGAGCACUAUCGUACGCGAUCAGAUCACGCAGACUACCAUCUACGACUGCAUAGCAGCCCCGCACCCCUCAGACAUCAAGUACAUCAUCGAGACGUUGCUAUCGAAGAACGAUAUGACGGAGUGUUUGAGGACGGUCAACAACCUGAAGAUCAUGAAGGGACUUGCGUUGGCAGAUAUCCUGACGGCGAUUAGUGAGGAGCUGGUCAGUAACGACGUUCCACCCCAGGUCAUGGUGACGUGGAUGGCAGGCCUGGCAGAUAUAGAGUACAGGUUGAGUGGAGGCGGAAGCGAAGCCAUCCAGACAGGCGCAGCGAUUGGCGUUGUAAGGACAGGCGUAGAGUUGCUAGAGACGGGCAAGAAGUAG